CCACUAUAUCUUCUUCCCCAACAUUAACCUUCCUUUCUGAUCAAAAUCUCAGCUUAAUCUCAUCUCAGAAACCUUCCUUCUAGUUCAAGGAAUCAUGAGUCAAACCAGUGUGAGAAAAGAUCAGAAGCUUCUUCUUCUUCAGACAAAGAAAAGCAAAAGAAACCUAAUUGAAAUCUUGAUGGGAUCGAUCGUGAAGCCAAUGUUUGGAGAUAACAUAACAACUAUUGGAUCAAACAUUGCUGGUCUACUCUUCAUCAUUGAAACUCUUAGGAGAUACUUCCCUGUACAUCUGAAGAUCACGAUCCAAGAGCUUCUCGUCAACGCAAUCCAACGGUUACCCUUUUUCAAGAAGUGUGCUGACAAGACUCUUGCCUUCUUCUCGCCUUACACUCGGAUCAGGUUCAUAGAAAUCGAGGAGAAUAAAUACAACUACGCUUACUCAGCCAUCAAGACCUACCUUGGUGCACAAGUUAACCCUCAAGUGAAGAAUCUCAAGGGUAGCCAGGGGAGGGGGAGAGAGUCUUUGGAUUUUAAACGCGACGAUGAUAAAUUUGAGGAUGAGUAUGAAGGUGUGAAGAUGUGGUGGGAGGUUCUAAAAUCCACAGACGGUGUUAAAAUGUGUAGGCUUACUUUCCAUAGAAGUAACUGGGAGGUAGUGACUGGUUCUUACUUGAGGUAUGUUGUGGAAGAAGGCAAGUCCAUUGAAGAAAAGAAGAAGAAAGUUAAGCUCUUUAUGAACAAUCCAAGUUCUAACUGGAAGAUGCAGAUGAAAAAUCUAUGGAGUAGCAUUGACUUCGAGCAUCCAGCAACAUUUGACACAAUGGCUAUGGAUCCAAUGAAGAAAGAUGAGAUUAUGAGAGAUCUUUUAGCGUUUAGAGACAGCGAAGAGUAUUAUAAAAAGAUUGGGAAAGCUUGGAAGAGGGGCUACUUGUUGCAUGGACCUCCAGGGACAGGCAAGUCCACGACGAUUGCAGCUAUGGCGAAUCUAAUGAGUUAUAGUAUCUUUGAUCUUGAGCUAACUUCGAUAGAAAACAACUGGGAACUCAAGAAGCUGGUGCUAGCUACGACUAGUAAGUCCAUCAUUGUGAUUGAGGAUAUAGACUGUUCCUUGGACCUCACGGGAGAGAGGGGAGUUAAAGAAGAUCAGAGCAAUGCAGAGAUUAAGAAAGUGAAGAAGAAGAAUGCAGUUACACUCUCUGGCUUGUUGAACUUUAUAGAUGGGAUUUGGUCGGCUUGUGGACAAGAGAGGAUACUUGUCUUUACAACGAACCACUUGGGGAAACUUGACCAGGCUUUGAUCAGAAGAGGUCGGAUGGAUAUGCAUAUAGAGUUGUCUUAUUGCAGGUUUGAAGCGUUCAAGAUUCUUGCCAAGAACUAUCUCAAUCUUGAUUCGCAUCUCUUGUUUGCUGAGAUUGAGACGUUGCUUGAAGAAACGAAUAUGACACCGGCUGAUGUUGCGGAGAAUUUGAUGGUGAAAGAUGGUGAAUCGUCUGGUGGUGAUGGAUCACUCAAGGGUUUGAUCCGAGCUUUGGAACAGAUGAAGUUGAACCAACAUUCAGAUGAACAACAGAAGGAGAUAAACAAAUAAAUAAUGUUAGCUGUUUUAUCAUCUGCUUUGGUAUCAUCAGUGUUUCAUUAUGUUUUUAGCACCAAUUGUAGCUAGUAAAAUCGAAUUUAAUAGCCGUUUUGAAACUAGUGUUUAUUAUUAUUAGUACUUCACAUCUUACAUUUACAGAUCAUAUAUAGAGAUCGAUUGCAAAAAAAUUAACACAGAAAA